CUUACACUCCUAAGGAGGCUACGUAAGCUUCAAAAGAGGAGUCUACAAAAACAAUAAAUAGUUUAGAAGAAAAUAGAAAAUAAUAUACAAAAAAAAAUUGAUAGAAAAUGGCAUUUGGAUCACAUGACGAUGAAUCGAAGAGGAAAAGGAGGUAUGCAAUGAUCUCCAUAUCUUCUGUUCUUCUCGUUUCAAUGGUUGUAGCCGUUACCAUCGGCGUUAACGUCAACAAUCACGAUAACGGAAGUAAAGAAGAGAUCACGGCUUCCGUUAAAGCCAUCAAGGAAGUCUGCGCGCCAACGGAUUACAAGAGGACUUGUGAAGACACUCUAAGGAAAGAUGCAAAAGACACAUCAGACCCGUUGGAGCUUGUGAGAGCAGCGUUUAACGUGACCAUCAAGCAAAUAACCAACGUGGCGAGGAAGUCACAGACUAUGAUCGAGCUACAAAAAGAUCCGAGGACGAAGAUGGCUUUGGAUCAAUGCAAGGAGCUGAUGGAUUACGCAAUAGGCGAGCUUAGUAACUCGUUUGAGGAGUUGGGAAAGUUCGAGUUUCACAAGGUGGACGAAGUGUUGAUUAAGGUAAAGGUUUGGCUCAGCGCGACGAUAACCCAUGAGCAGACGUGUAUCGACGGGUUUAAAGGGACAAAAGGCGAUGCAGGUGAGACGAUGAAGAAGGCUUUGAAAACCGCGGUUCAGUUAACGCAUAACGGGCUUGCAAUGGUCACGGAGAUGUCGAAUUACUUGGGACAAAUGCAGUUCACGGAGAUGAAUAGUCGCCGGUUGCUGUCUCAAGAGCCUUCGUGGGUGGAUGGGCGUGUCCGUAGGCUCUUGACCGCUCCAUUGUCUGAGGUUAAACCAGAUAUGGUGGUGGCUCAGGACGGGAGUGGUCAGUACAAGACCAUCAACGAGGCAAUGGAAAAUGUCCCCAAGAACAAGAAUGUGACUUUCGUGAUUUACAUUAAGACCGGAGUCUAUAAAGAGUUUGUUCAAGUGGACAGGACCAAGCCAGAUCUUGUCUUCAUUGGUGAUGGACCAGACAAGACUGUCAUUACCGGCGAGAAAAGUUUCCAGGACGGUAUUACCACCUACCGCACAGCCACCGUUGCGAUCAUUGGAGACCGUUUCAUUGCCAAGAACAUGGGUUUCGAGAACACUGCCGGGGCAGCAAAGCAUCAAGCGGUUGGAAUUAGGGUUCUUUCAGACCAGUCCAUAUUCUACAAUUGCAGAUUUGAUGGUUACCAAGACACACUCUACGCACAUUCCCACCGUCAGUUCUACCGGGACUGUACUAUCUCGGGCACAAUAGAUUUUCUCUUUGGAGACGCAGCCGCUGUAUUCCAGAACUGUAUAUUAUUAGUGAGGAAACCACUACCGAACCAGGCAUGUCCCAUCACCGCCCACGGGCGUGAAGAUCCGAAGGAAACAACAGGAUUCGUGCUCCAAGGGUGUACUAUUGUUGGAGAAGCAGAUUACUUGGCAGUCAAGGAAACUAGCAAAGCUUAUCUUGGAAGGCCAUGGAAAGCGUAUUCAAAAACUAUCAUCAUGGACACGUUUAUACCUGAUUUUAUUGCGGCCGAAGGAUGGCAGGAGUGGCGAGGAAACUUUGGUAUUGACACGUUAUUUUAUUCGGAGGCAAGGAAUACUGGGCCGGGUGCAGGUGUCACGGGCCGGGUUACUUGGCCAGGAAUCAAGAAGUUGAGUGAUGAAGAGAUUCUUGGAUACACACCGGCUAAGUACAUCCAAGGUGAUGAGUGGAUUCCGGGUAAAGGUGUACCGUACACCCCCGGUCUUUUCGCCGGAAACGGUUCAGCAACCGUUGCAGCUUCCUCCAAUUCCACAACUACCGGUCCAAGCGUACCAGGGUCGACAAAUUCUACCGGUAAUGUAACUGGUUCCAGUUCCAACACGACAGGGCCAGCUCCAGCGGCUGCCCCAGGAAUCUCAUCCAUCACUAAUUCCAGUGGCUUAGGGUCACCUUCAGCUUCACCAUUAGCUUCUCCCUCGGCUACUCCUUCAGCUUCACCAGCUUCUCCCGCAGCUACUCCUUCAGCUUUACCGUCAGCUUCUCCAUCGGCUACUCCUUCAGCUUCUCCAUCGGCUACUCCUUCUGCUACUCCACCUUCUGCUUCACCUUCGAUUUCACCUUCGGCUUCUCCGAAGACUGCAUCUACCUAGAGGUCGUGUCUGUAAAUAUUUUGACAAACCUUGAGGAUUUUGUAAAUGAGGAUAUGAUUAGCAAGCUUUGUAAAUUCA